ACGGUCGCGGCGCGCGCAGGCUUAUUAGCUGCAGGUGCACGCGCUGGUUCUGCUCCUUUAAAACGCUGGUGCUCUGUUAAGCAUCUCGGGAGAAGCAGCGUCCUCUCAGCGUGCAGCGCGUCUCCUCCUCAACAGCUGCGGGCUUUUAUGUGAAGAUAACAGCAAUAACGACGCCCAUAAAGUUAUCAACAACAUCAUCUCACGCAGGUCCGAGGACGUGAACAGCUCCGAAUAGAACGUCCAGGUCGUCAUCUAGUAUUUAAGGCAGCAGAGACGGCAACAGUCGCAGGUUAGUGCUUGAAAGAUAUAGACCCCCUUCAUCUAACAACUCUUGGACUGAAGAUCCCUAGAGAUGGAAGGCCAGUGAACUCUCUCUAUGGCUCAGAGGAAGAGGCCUGGGGCCAGUAGCAGCAUGGCCUCAGCAGAGCUUCAUGCUCCAGCACCAUGUCCCUGCCCCACCCCUUAUCCCAGCAAAGAGUGUGAAGAGCGACAAGACUCUGAAACCCCCAUACCCCCUUACUGUGACCAAGAGGAGGUGGAUCUGCCCAGCAGCCAUCCUGUCACCCCAGAUCACACCCACUCCAACUACCAUGGCCAUCCAGACAGCCUCGAUGGAGACUCAAGCUCGGACUACGUCAACAAUACAUCAGAGGAUGAAGAGGACUACGAUGAAGGACUGCCUGAAGAAGAUGAGGGAGUGACAUACUACAUCCGCUACUGUCCAGAGGAUGACAGUUACCUGGAGGGGAUGGACUGUAACGAGGGCAGGUAUGGGCGCACUGAGCCACCCCCAGAAACAGACGAGUGCCAAGAAGCAGUGGAGGAGUGGGUGGAGGGUGAGGGUGAGGUGCGCUGUGAAGUUCUGGAGCAGGACUCGGAUCAGCAGAUAUAUGACGGGAGACCUGAACCAGUCCUUGAUCACCAUCCACACCAUCAGUACCAUCACCAGGACCAAGCUCUUCCUCAAACCCAGGAACAAGAGGAGGAUGAUGAGGAGAGUGAGGAGUAUUGCCCUAAUGAAGAGGAGGAACCAGAGGAGGAACAAGACAGAGAGGUCUACACAGGGGACUACUAUGCCCCAGAGGACAAUGGGAACUCGAUGUAUGCAGGCCACAAGGGCAUAGAGGGUGAAACAGGUGAAGAGACAGAGGAAGACAUUGAUCAGAUUGUAGCUGAGAUUAAGAUGAGCAUGAGCAUGGGCAGUCUGAGCAGUGGGACCGAUCAGAGCCCGGAGGAGCUGCCACCCGUGCCCGGGCGUUACCAGGCUGAAGCUGAGCCCAAAGCCGAACCAGCUCCUUACCCCACACCACACCGCCAUGACGGCAGACCCAAAACCCUCAACAUCCCCCCUGCUGGGCACAACCCACAGCCACAGAGGAGCUCAAAAGCGCACUUGCACACACCAGAGGAGAGGAGGAGAUGGGCACAGGAGCAGCACAGGGAACAGGUGUCAAACAGUGCAGAGCAGCCAAGAAAACAGCAACGCUCCGAUCUCAAUGGACCUCUGGAGAACAACAACGUCCCUGAGCCAUCGAAGAAGACGGCAUCUUUCCCCAGCUUUGUCGAUGUGCCAGGGCCGUGCGAGCCUGAGGACCUCAUUGAUGGGAUCAUCUUCGCUGCCAACUACCUGGGUUCCACACAGCUGCUGUCAGAGAGAAACCCAUCUAAAAACAUCCGCAUGAUGCAGGCGCAGGAGGCUGUGAGCCGAGUCAAGAGAGUUCAGAAGGCAGCCAAAAUCAAGAAAAAGGCGAACUCUGAAGGGGACACACAGACGCUAACUGAGGUGGACCUCUUCAUCUCCACCCAGAGGAUCAAAGUCCUCAACGCCGACACACAGGAGACGAUGAUGGACAAUGCCCUACGCACUAUCUCAUACAUCGCUGACAUUGGAAACAUUGUGGUUUUGAUGGCCCGCAGACGCAUGCCACGCUCCGCCUCACAGGACUGCAUCGAGACUACCCCAGGUGCUCCAGAGGCCAAGAAACAGUACAAGAUGAUCUGCCACGUCUUUGAAUCCGAAGAUGCCCAGCUCAUAGCCCAGUCCAUCGGUCAGGCAUUCAGUGUGGCCUACCAGGAGUUCCUCCGUGCCAAUGGCAUCAACCCAGAGGACCUGAGCCAGAAAGAGUACAGUGACAUCAUCAACACACAGGAAAUGUACAAUGACGACCUCAUCCACUUCUCCAACUCGGAGAACUGCAAGGAGCUGCUGUUGGAAAAGCAGAAGGGUGAAAUUCUGGGUGUAGUAAUAGUGGAGUCUGGCUGGGGCUCCAUCCUGCCAACAGUGAUUCUAGCUAACAUGAUGAAUGGAGCACCAGCCGCACGCUCAGGGAAGCUCAGCAUCGGAGAUCAGAUCAUGUCCAUCAACAACACUAGUCUGGUGGGUCUGCCACUCGCCACCUGUCAAGGCAUCAUUAAGGGUCUGAAGAACCAGGUGCAGGUGAAACUGAACAUCGUGAGCUGCCCUCCUGUGACCACAGUGCUCAUCAAAAGACCUGACCUCAAAUACCAGCUGGGCUUUAGCGUGCAGAAUGGCAUUAUAUGUAGUUUGAUGCGUGGCGGUAUAGCUGAGCGAGGAGGGGUCCGGGUUGGCCAUCGGAUCAUUGAGAUAAAUGGCCAAAGUGUGGUGGCCACAGCCCAUGAGAAGAUUGUCCAAGCAUUGUCCAACUCUGUGGGUGAGAUCCAUAUGAAGACAAUGCCAGCGGCUAUGUUUAGGCUCCUAACUGGCCAGGAGACGCCCAUGUACAUCUGACUGAAUGAAUGACGUCUGUGGAUUAUUUAAGACUUUUAAAACGACACAUCUCUGUCUUUGGUCAGAUCAUGUCUCUUCUUUUGCUUCACAGAUAAUAACUUGUUUUCUCCUAACCCCCAUAUAACAGUUGGCCACUUUCCAAUGAUUCUGUGGAUUUUGUUCUUGGCAUCAUGUGUACACGCAGUGGCCGUUCAGUCAGAUGAUAAAAGACUGAGGCAAUACACAUUUUUUUCGUAUAUGCAAAUUAAAAAAAGGGGAGCUCAUGUAUAUUUAUUUCAGCUUCCCUUUCAGUUCUUUGUUUUAUUUAUUUUUAAUUAUCGAUUAAAUGUCUUGCUCCUGUCUGUGAACUAUGUUGGAAAGUUUGUGCUGUAAAUAUUUAUUCAUUCUAUCGGAGGAUAGGAAAAGCAAAGCCAGGAUGAAGAGUCCGCCCAUGUAAUGCCCAAAAAUAGCGAGAAUGGUGGCUGUAUCUGGAUUGGGAAGAGCUGUGCCAAAAUAAACUCAGCUACACAGCUCCUUUUAUCAAUGUAGCUUCCUGAACUGUCUGCAAAUACAAUAGUAAUUCCAUUCAAUAUUUAACAUUUUUCUGUAGUACAAGAUGUGUUUUGCUUUCCCUCGUGCAAGUGCGGAGAAUUUUACAGUAAAGCCAUGUAUAAUUUUAUUCCUUAGAGUAAACACAAGUUUUAUAACACAUGAAUAAAAACCUUCAAAUCAAUUGAUAAAGGACAUGAAAUGACACGCUUUGAAAGUUAUUACCCUUGUAAACAAAACAUUGUUAAGGGGAACGCAGAAUGCAAGCAGAAAUCACCGAUGUGUAGCCAAGUGUAAUUUUUUUUUUGCCCAGAUUUUAUUUGUGAACAAGCUUUAUAUCAUUUGUUAAGCAUGACGUACAACUAUUACAGUACAGUGGCUGAGGUAUCAAACAGACUAACUAGCAUAUUGCUAUUGGUCUAUCGCAGAAAUGAUAUCGUGCAUGUCUGUUUGCCUCACAUUAUAAGUUGCAGCACAGGCUAGAGGGGAAAAAGCACAUCUUGUAGUCUUUUGAGUGCAAAAUCAGUUACUUACAGUUCAAACUGUAUUAGAUUAAAACCCAUAUGCUUCUAUUUUAGAUUAUUUUGCUGAGCAUUUCAUAAGAUAUACUUCCACAAACAUACCCUUGCAUUAGCUUCUUACUUCCAGCGAUAUUGGAAAUCCAGUGUGCUUGUACGGCACGGAGUUUAAUUAAAAUGGGUUGUCAGAAAAAUGGCAGAUAAACUUCAAAACUGUGCAGCGGCUUGCCAUAUAUAUAUAUAUUUUUUUUUUGUGAUGUUGGAACACUUUAAACUUUCCUUACAGAGAAUGUUGAUUUGAUUGAUACAGAUUUACAUAAACAUAUUGAGGGCUAUAUUUGACCAUGUGUAUGUACAGGCAUAACUUCAGAUAAUGGAUUGUCAGCAGUGGAAGCUGGUGUUCAGUGUUCACAUUAAUGACUCUGUGAACUUGGUAACUUUUACUUGAAUUUACCUGGGAAGUUGAGAGGGAAGUCUAAACUAACAGUUUUGAAUAUCUCAAUAAGCAAAUAAUAACCGACAUAACUGCUAGACGUAUUAAUAGCUACAGUUAACCUCAAUACAAUAUAUGGCACAAUGAAAUGGCUUUUCUACUUCAUUAUGAGAAUAUACUCCACCAAUAAAUCUUUAGGAUGUUAUAGUCCAGACUUUGGCAGAAUAACAGAACUGAUGUACAUACAAAGCAACUCCUAACAGAAGGGAACAUUUUUAUAUUCUGAUUCAUCACCAAAAAAUAAGAGUAGUCUUCAUUUGGUGGGCAUUAAUUUAAGUGUUUUUUUUUUUUUUUUUAAAGGCAGUGCACAAACAUUUUGUAACCUAGCACAUGUACAAAAACACAAUUAUCCCACCAUAAUCAUAAUAAUCCAAUAAACAUAACGAUCACCAUCAUGUAAAUUACUUUUAUUUGAAAAUCAUACACACCAUCAUAUCUGAAAGUUUCUUUUUUAUGUCGAUUUUUGUGCGUACUUGACAGAAACUCAUUCGAGUUGUGAAUGUAAACGUGUUGUUAAUAGUGCAUCCAUUACCUUGCGCAGUAUUAGAAUGUCUGUACAUAAACACCUGACAUUGUUUAGUAAAGGUGCCCAGAUUAGGAUGGCACAUCCUCUGUUAACACUCCCUCGCCCCACUUUGUCAGGCUUCUGCCCUGAGGAAAUUAAUUCACACUGUGAUCGGAAGCCUUACUGCAGAGUAAGCUUUGGGGAAUAUGAGAAAAGGUGAAACGAGGAAAGUCACAAAGAUUAACAGUUACCUGUUUGCAUGCAGCCUAAAUGUCAAAAUGGCAAAAAAAAAACAAAAAAACAAACAAACAAAAAACCCCACAAAACAAUAACAAUAAAGAGUGUAAC